CUGUGUGUGCAAUAGUGAUGGAAGAUGUGACUGAUUGAGUGGUUGUGCUUUAAUUUUAUUUAUAUUUUUGUAAUGAUAAACGAAACAACUUCGACUUCUCGAGACUCAAAUUCUAACUUUGUUCCUGGCUAAGAGGUGUCGCACAUAUGCAUUAGUGUUAGGGCUGCAAGUUUGGUAUCGGUAUUAGGGAUAUACCGAAUACCGUACCAAACUUAUCACUAUCUGGUAUUACCGAAUACCAAUUUAUUUUUUAGAGAUUGGGAUUGGGAUUCAUUAUGGAGUGAUAUUCGGUAUUCGGGAUUACUGAAUUGGGAUCGGUAUAUACCGAAAUACCGAGAAAUACUAAAAUUUAAAAAUUAAUGAAAUAUAGCACACAAUGUAUGCCCAUUCCCACUCUUUCACAACUCAAAAGUACUCAUCCAACUCAAUUUUCGCUUUCCAAUUUAAGUCACUCUUGUCUCUCACCUAAUCUCUUGUUAUUUUCAGAACACCAAAUAGCAAACACUAGUAUUAUGUAGCCUCCAAUCGUCGAAUUAAAGAUUACUAAUGACAAGAACUUGAGAAUUUCACAUCUCCUCCCUUAUCCUUAUAUUUAAUUAUUAAUUGUAAAGGUAAAUAAUUUCGUAUUCGAUAAUACUGAUUGGGUACCGAAAUACCGAUUGGGAUACCGAAAUACUUAGGAAUUGGAAUUGGGAUACCGAAAUUAUUUAGAGAUUAAAAUUGACUUUACAGUGUAAUUCAGUAUUCAGAAUUUGGUAUUGGAACACGGAUAACAUACUGUAAUUAGUGUGACGUGUAUUUUUGGUGCAUAAUAAAAGAACUCAAGAGCUUGAAUCGUUUACACUGCACGUAGAUCACGUAAACUGCUAUGUUGUGCAAUUGUCGCUUUCCGCUUCUAUUAGAUUUUACAGAAUUAGGCUUUGGCUGACUAUAUGUCCAGACGGAAUUAGGGUUACCUUACCUCCAUCGAAUUCGUAUUCGCCGCGUUUUUUCCCGCCCUUUAACGUAAUUUGUAGGUCAUCCUAGUCGGCCGGCGGCGAUCGGCUUCUCAAAAUUACCACAAUUUCACUUUUUGCUGCCUCCAGCUUCUGCUUCUUGACAGCUAUUUUGUCCCUUCAGCCCCAAGGCUGUCGUUAGUUUUCGUUUGAUUUCGCGGCAAGGAGGGAGGGAAGGAGUUUUGUCGUUGAUUCCGCGGGCUGGCUUCAGUUUGAAAUGAAACGGUCGAGGGUUUCAGGCACCGAAAAACACCAUAGACGAGACGACGUCGAAGUUCGAGCGCGGGUACGCAUGGAAUUGGCCGCUGUGCAAGGUACUGACCGCCGACUGUACUGAACUGAACAAUCUUUUUGUACUUGCGUUCUGAGUGGAUUCUGUUUAUGUAUUGAAAUUGGUCAGGAAACAUUAUCGUUGGAUCCCGUCGCUCAAGCUGUUUGCCAGGAGAUUUAUGGUCGAAUGAACCAUUUCACCUAUUCAUCACACAACCUCUUGCCCUCUACUGUGCCUCCUGGGCUGAGAUUGGGAAUCACAAACCAUCUACCAACCCUAUCCUGGUUAAAAUUAUGGCACAUCUGCACUAAUAAUAACACUCUGAUUCAUAUAAACUCAGAAAAUGAUAUAAUCAAUGUCUUUAUUUCGUGUAGGUAGAUGAAGCAGUAAGACUUUGGUUUGCAUUUGCAUUAUACUGUGCUACGAGGCUUACAAAGUCAGUUGGAGUGCUGAAUACAAUGGAGUCUUCUGCUAGCAAGGAGGGGCUUACUCUGACACGCAUAUUAAGAUCUUGUGACCUAAAGUGCGUUUUCGCAUACAAAGAUGAAGUUCAAUUCGCACGGGUGAUUUCUCUACUCAGAAUUAGGGAUGCUCUAGUUCUCUAAUCCUUUUCGUUUUUUAGAACUAUGAAAUGUUGAAAGUGAAACCCUGAUUGCUCCUUACAAUAAAAGGUCAUGUUUGUCUAAUAUCUCGUCCAACGAACAAAGUCGUAAUUUUUUCAUCCAUGCAGAUGGUCUGAGUUAUUUUGAAGAUUUGAUGGAAAAAUCCUCUCUGCGGAAUAGUUUGAUUAUGCUGGAGAUGGAUUAUGAUCUUGCAAUGUCUAAAUGGAGCCAAUUGGAUGAGAGAGUUUUUCUCGAUGAGGCAGCCAACUGUUCUUUUGCUGAAAUCCAUAUGAUGCCUGCUAAAUGUGUGAAAGCGGUGAUGAAAGCUGCAAACUGGCUCCGGAAUGUAGUAUGUCCACUGUCAAGAGAGCCUUCUGCAAAAUUAAUGCCGUCCUCUGUUGGGUUUCCUGUUGUAAAAAAUGCUCUUGUAAUGUUAGAAGCUUUAUUUCCAAGUAACGCUAUGGGAGAGGAGGGUGUUUGUGGAAGUCUCCAAAGUACAAGCACAGUCGACAAUAUAUGGAUAGAACAACGGAGACAGGAGGUGCUCAAGAUAUAUUAUAAGGUCUUGGACGCAAUGUGUACUGCUUAUGGAACCAAUUUGACCUCAUUGUUAACCAAGGAGAGGUUCCACAGAUGCAUGCUUGUUUGUUCCGCUGAACUAGUAUUAUCAGCACGCAAGACAGUAACAAUGUUGUUGUUUCCUGCAAUCCUGGAGCAAAGUGAUAUUACAGCCUUUGCACUUAUCGAUGCGCUACAGUGUUUUCUUAGGCAUGAGGAAUCUAUGCCUUGUGAGCUGAGGAUGCAUUUGGAAUCACUGAAAGAGCGGCUUUUGGAGAGUACCAUUUGGGAAGAAGGUUCAUUGAUGUAUGAUUCACUCGAAGUUGCAGAGCGUAUGCAUGUAUCAGAGGUUGCCCGUCUUCGUGCCAUAGGGAGGCUGUCAUACAUUAACUUCUCCUUGGAUGCAAUUGUGGCACGUAUACAUUUGUCUUCUGUCUUGAAGCAUGAAAUGACCCAUGGACUUGCCUUUCUAACAUCAUUAGAUGAUAAUGACAUUUUUUCAAGUCCAUGCACUAACUUGAGGAGUGGAGUAGUGGAGCAAGGAUCCCGUGCAUCAAGAGUAACGGAUCAUGUUCAAUCAGUGAUACCCACAAGUUUGCAUUGUGUAUUUGCUCGACCAAGAGAUCCCUGUCCUGGAAGAGAGUUUGCAAUGUGUGCUGAUAUGGCUAUUGAUACAUUCUUGAAAGAGAUUGAAAAGUUAGCUUCAGUUAGAAUAUGUGGCAUGGCUGAAGAGUUGGAAAAGGAGCACAGGAAUUUUAAUGUAGAAGUCUGUCGGAAGCUAUUUAGCGAAAUACUUUAUCGAAGCACUGCGUUGUUUUUCAAUCUGCACAUCGACGCAAUAAUCAUUUGCUGUUUCUUUCUUACUUCUAAGAUUACAAGACUAGGUCUGACUAUGAUGGAUCUACUUUUGCGCUACAUGAAGCAACCACAUAGUAAGCCACAAGUGUUCCGUUGUGUGUUCAUUGAUUCCUCAGUGACCAAGGAGCACAGACUGAUGUUCCCUUAUCUGGUAUUGGGGUCCUCCUACAGAGAGCCCCAGCCAAAUCCGGAGCAUGUUGGUAUAUUCUCAUACUACCCUCAGUUUUCCGAAUAUUACACCAAACGUGUUGUAUCAGGUGUUAAAGCCGUUUACUGGAGGACACGUGGUGAUGAAGAGCUUCGUCAGAUCCCUCCGCAUAAGUGGCUGGAAAUUGAGGUCAAAGAGGAACACCCUAGACUAGAAUUCAUUUUUGCUCAAAUGCAAGCGGAAAAUCUUGCGAAAUCUUACCUUCACGAGGUGAGGGAUCAGAUGGAGAGGGCAGGGAUGGAAUGGCAAAGACUCGAUUACCUUAGGACCAGAACCCCGAUGUACGAACAGCUCGUGAAGGCAAGCACCUAGUUAGAUUUCUUGAUUUUGCUGGCUGCAGCAGCAUUGGGGCUUUCGAUUUUGAGGUUUCCUUAAGGUAUAUGCUCUUCGUUGGGUGGGUGGGUGAGCGCGGUCUUCGUGUUUUUGUUGCUGUAGUUGUAAUUGUAAAUACGAAAAUAUGGUGAUUAUGAUCGAAGAUCAAGUAGUUAUUUCAAAUGAGAAUCGAAGUUAUGUUACCGAGAAAAAGUGGCUUGGGGAACACGGUAGGUUGCAAGAAAG